AUGAUUUCGGGUGUAAAAGCUCAGCUUAGUCUUGCAAAUACACCAGAAAAUGUAAAAAAGAUUGUUAUUAAGUUUUCAGGUCCAGAAUUAGUUAAGAAAACAUUUAGCUGCGAAUACAAAUUGACAGUUAUGCACUCAAACCCCGAAAAACACAUAGAAUUAGAAGGAAAAUCUUUAGUAAGUGUUUCCAAAAUGUCAACAUUAGUCAUGACAAACAUAAAUCAAUCAGAUAUUAAUGAUUACUUGAUCGAAAAUCAACUCAACAUCAAAAUCAAUAUUUCUUUGACAGAAAAGAAACAUAGACCUACAAACACAGCGAAGAAAGUAGGAACAUCGAAGAGACCAGCAGUAAAUCCGAAUUACAUUUCAAAGAAUGAGACUGGUUUUGUUGGAUUAAUCAAUCAAGGAGCAACUUGCUACAUGAAUUCAAUGUUACAAGCAUUAUAUAGCAUAACAGCCUUUAGAAGGAUGAUAUACAAUAUGCCUACAGCAGGAACAGAUGAUAUUGAAAAAUCAAUUCCAUUAAAUUUACAACAUUUGUUCUAUUACAUGCAGACAUCCACAACUGCUGUUACUACUAAAUACUUAACGCGCUCAUUUGGCUGGGAUGCUAUUGAAACUGGUUUCCAGCAAGAUAUUCAAGAAUUUUGCAGAGUUUUGCUUGAUAACCUUGAGACGAAACUUACAAAGGCAGGGAGAAAAGAUGAAAUUUCACAAAUGUUCAGAGGAAAAAUGCAAAAAGUAAUUAAAGCAGUAGAUUGCCCAUAUGUUUCUACAAAAGACGAUUAUUUCUAUGAUAUAACACUUACUGUUGAUGGUUAUAAGACAUUGGAAGAAUCAUUGGAAUCUCUUUUUGCUUCUUUUGAAUAUUCAGAUUAUAAUACAGAAAGUGAAUAUGGAAGACGUACAGUUUCUGUAUCAGACAAACUUGUUGAGCUUCCUCCAAUCCUGUUCUUCCAUUUAAGUCGUUUUGUUUACGACAAUUUUGGAAAUAUUAGUAAAUUAAAUUCAAGAUUCGAAUUUCCGAAAGAAUUAGAUCUUUCCAAAUACAUAGAAGACAGUCUCUAUGAAUUGACAGGUGUUUUGGUCCAUUCUGGCUCUGUAAAUGGCGGACAUUAUUAUGCUUUCCUCAAACCAACAGAAGAACCAAAGUGGUACAGAUUUGAUGAUUCCUUGGUGACUCUCGAGAAAGAAGAUGCUGCAAUAAGAGAUAAUUUCGGUUCAAAUGAGAGAUACGGCGGAACUUCUGCUUAUUAUUUGAUUUACACAAAGAAAAACAUGAUUUCUGAACUUUACAAACCGAUAACAUUGGAAGAGAUUCCAGAACAUGUGAAGAACACAGUUAAAGAGAUCGAUAAUUACAAUCAGAAGCUUCUUGAACAGAAAGAAUCCGAAAAAGGACUUGUUUCUAUUGAUUUAAUCGAUGAAACCAUUCUAAAACAAAAUACAGAAAAUAUGGAAUUUGGUUUCUUAGGAAAACCAAUAGAAACAGUGACAAUUGACCGCACACAAACAACAGAAGACUUGUAUAACAUCGUCAGCCAAAAGAUGAACUUGGACUUGAAUAAAUUCAGACUUUGGUUGACGGAAAUUUUCCAAAUUCCUGUUUUGCCACUUUUGCAUUCAAAAUCUCAAAAAAUUUCAAUAAUUAGAAGUUUCUUUACAGGAAAUUCCACAAUAUUUAUACAGAAGAAACGUGAAGAAGAUCCAGAUGACCUCAAAAAAGAUAAUAUUGUUGUUUAUUUGAAGUUUUAUUUCCAUGAAACCAAAAAAUUGGUUUAUUUGUUCUCAGAAACUGUUUCAUUGAAAUCAAACAUAAACACAUUAUUUAAGAAAGUAAAUGAAGCACUUGGAUAUCCACCAAACGAAGAACUUCUCGUUUUCCAGGAAUUACAAAGCAGAACAGCGAAUCCAGCAAAAACAAACGAAAGUUUUUCUGCUAAUUUGAUCGAUUCAGGAACAAUUCUGAUUUUCCAAAGAAAUCCAAAGUCACCUCACUUACACACAACUUAUCAGUUCACUUCACCUGUCAAACCGGAAACCGUUUCUCAAGAAGAAAAUACAAUUUACAAGAUUCUUCCACAUUUGCAAGAUGGCACAGUUUCAUCGUAUUUCGAAGAGAAAUUUAAGAUGAUUCCUUUGGCUGUAUAUGAUUAUAAUUUGAAUGAAGAAAAAUUACUUUGUAAAAUCAAUUUUCCGCCAUCGAUUUCACUUCCUGACUUCAAAUAUUAUAUAUCUCAGAUGGCCAAAAUCGAAUUUGAUCCUGAGAAAGAAGCAAUGCUAUUAUUACCUAAUGAUUCAUGCAAUGGACCAAGUGUUAAACCAAUUUCUUCAAAGUAUCAUUUGAGGGAUUUGUUUUGUUCGAAUGUCACUGUUUUGUUCAUGAAAAUUGUUAAAGGAAUCAAAGAUUCAGAAAUCGAGAAAUACAACAAUUAUAAAGUUCAGUUCUCGAAUGAUUCAUUUAAUAUCAUUUAUGAUGAUUUAGUUUUCAUGCCAAAAGAAUCAACGCCAUACCAAUUAUACCAAGAGAUAAGGAAAUCAGGAAUCGAAGUUAAAAGUGGAAAAUUGAGAUGUUUGUUGAUAAACAGAGGAACAUUUUCAGAAAAAAUUGAUAUGAUUAAACCAGUUCCUUAUGAUUUAUUGACAGUUAGAAUCGAAGUUGUUCCAGAACAUCAAGAAAAUGAAGAUGAUGGAAAAAUAAUUCCUGCUGCUCUUUGUCAUGUUGAUGGUUUUGGAACAAAAAUUUUCUUCAAACAACCAUUCAUGGCUAAGAUUUACAAUGACAAGUUCGAGAAGACUGUGACAACAAUUAAGAAUUGGCUGCCAUUAGUAGAUGAUGACGUCAAAUUCACAAUUGUUAACCCAAGUAUUGAACCAGAAAAUGACCAGAACAUAUUUGAUGAAUUGAAAGAAUUUUCUCAGCUUCACAUCAUUUUCAAGAAUCCGAAGGCUUUCGAAAAGCCAAAGGAUAUAGCUUCAUGGGUAACCGAGUGCUCUUCUUGCAGUUGUUCUUGCUCUCAUCAAAGAUCACUUAAGAUUUAUAACUAA